AUGCAGCUUCUCAAAUAUUAUGAGAACAAGGUGGUGGACGAUGAUUACUGGUUCCAAACGCGCUUGCCUUUCAAAAACCUAGCAGCUCUAGUUGCGCAGAUUAGCACCGCCAUGAAAAUCUGUAUGGUAUAUCCUGUUGCUUCAGCAAUGGGCCAGCUCAAAUGGUAUCAGUUUGUUCAUAAUUCGCCUAGGCAGCUCGCUAAUCUGCAGGCAUACGAUGCAGCAUCUCGAGGGAUUGCUGGGUCCGCCAAAGUCCUAUUGUCAAAACAUAGAUUUGAGUCACUUAGCAUCUCUUUAGGCUGCAUCUUCUUUCUCGCCACGUUGGGUGUGUCAUCCUCGGUCCAGAACACAAUUACCACAAACAAGUACCUUUGUCAUGAACCACUCCGAGGAUCCCGUUUUUCAAACGCGAGUCUGCCAUUCAACCACAAUUACACAGAUAUGGCUUCGAUGGGGUCCAACGGCACCAUUAAACACUCCCGAACUGCAUCUCCCGCUCUGCAGGCGAUGGUUUUGGCUGCAUGGGCAGAUUACCAGAAACCGCGGGUGACCAACGAACCCACACCAUGGCCAAUCAACUGCACCACAGGCAUAUGCGAGUUUAACAACGUUAAUUCACUUGAUGUUGACCACCAGUGCCAAAGUGUAACCGCCGUUGUCAACUCUGACGGCUCCCUUUCUUCUAAUCAAGCAAAUAUUACGUUCCUCCCUGGAGAGCACGAUUCAGAUUCACCGUCGAAAACGCAAUCCCCCAGGUUGGGUCUGAAAUCUAGUCGGAAAAUACCAAACAAUAGCACGUUUCUUACAUCUACCGCAAACAAUCCGGCCUUAAUUAUUCAUGUGGCAGCAAUUGCCGAGCCUGACCAAGGGCAACCGGAAGCAGUGGAAUGCAUUCUUUACUGGCAAAUGCGAUCCGAUAGUAGAAUCAUCCACAACGACCACGCAGAUAACACUAAAAAUAAUCUUAUUGGAGUGGACCUUGAGACCAUUUGGGCAGAGAAAAACUUCACAAAUCAUGUAGCAGAAGUUAAAACAUUGGAGGACGGCAAAGAAUCCAUCGUCUUCGAAGGGCCUUGCAAUACCAACUUUGAGCGGAACAUGAAUGCAAAUGGGAAUUGCCCGUACAGCGUUUGGAGCGACACCAAUCUAGCACUCCAACAGGUUCUGGAGAAUCUCUUUACACGCCAUGGCCUCGAGAAAACGUUGCAAACAGACACAGGCUUCGAUUCAGAUGGCGUCCUUUUGAGCCUCUUCAAGUUGGCUUGGCUUAGGAACCUGGAGAAAGCGGGAGCGGCAGGAGCAGAAUUCCAAAGAUCAGCUGCCUUGAAAAAGACCCUCAGCGAUUACAUUACUAAUUUAAAUGGUGGAAUCGCCCACACCCUUCGGAUUAAGUAUACAGGCUUUGUCCCGGGGAAAGUUUGUACAAACGAGCAUUACGAGAUCCACUGGUUGUAUGUGCUGUAUAUGGUCAUCAUGUUAGGUAUUACCACAUUUCUCUUCUUUUUCGCGAUAUGGCGGACACGUGGGCUGCCUAUAUGGAAGACCUCCAUCUUACCUUUUCUAUACCACGGUUUCGAGCAUCCACCUCGCGAUGAGGGAGGUGACUUUUCCAACAUAGCGUGGAUGGAGACGGCCAGUCAAGAGAAGCAACUUGUGUUGUGUGAUAACACGGAUGGCUUGGGUCUUAAGUUGAGAGACUUCAGAGCAUAA